UUGUGUAGAAGAUCCAGAGAACUCGGAAGAGACACGUUUUGGCAGAUCUCUGCAGAAGAUUGCCUGCCAGGCAACAUUUCUGGGUGCAUUUUUCUAAACAGUAAAUCAUACAAGGCUAAAUGGAACCGUGGAUUACUGAUAUUUAGCAGGAAGUGAGACUGAAAAACAGAAAUCAUCAUCCGGGUUCUGGGUGCGGACGUCACAGCUCAGCCAGUUUACUUAGCUAACAAACCAACGACCGCUGGAAGUCUGCGUUAUUUAGACAAUAUUCGCAUUAUAUCUUUCAGUUGUAUCGCGAUGAAUCACAUAAGCUGUUUCACGGCAAUACUUUUCAAAGCACAACGUGCCAAUCGUUAGACCCACCCGUGUGUGGUUAGCAGUGUCUAAGUGUUAAUAUUGGCCCGACUGGACGAGGCCUGAACUGGAUUCAGCAGCUGGGGAGUGACACAAAUUAUUGUCAUCGAGAGAAUUGUAAAAUUUUACCACGCUUCAGUUCCAGUACACCCUAAAAGCGAGAUGACCCCAAAAAUGGGCGACAGAAUCGAACUGGUUGCUACUUUGCCAGUUUCGUAUCUUGUGUAAGAGUAAAGACAUGGUCGCAGACUACGUAAGGACCGCAGUGAACAUCGACACAAGACCAGGAGUCCUAAGAGGCCGGGGAUAAGCCGCUACUUGUAAACAAAAAUCGGCACUUUUGAGAAUAGCUACCGUCAUUAAUGCAGUGUUAGCAGCACCUUGCCGCUGGCUCUGUGGCUGGCGCAGCUACGAUAUCUGAAUCUGCGGACAUUGCCCCCUGCCUGACCCGAAUAUAGUUUGCUUUCUGUCGAGCUGAAGCAAAGAUGUCUGAAAAUCAGGGCAACUUGAACAACAACAACGUCCCUCUUAACAAUAAUGGCGGUGCCAACAGAAUGCGCAAUCCCAACAUGAACCAGAACCCGCUCAUCAAUGUUCGCGACCGGCUGUUUCACGCCCUCUUUUUUAAAAUGGCAGUGACAUACGCCAGGCUUUUCCCUCCGUCAUUUCGGCGAAUCUUCGAGUUCUUUGUCCUGUUAAAGGCUCUGUUCGUGCUCUUUAUCCUGGCUUACAUUCACAUCGCCUUCUCCCGCUCACCCAUUAACUGUCUGGAGCACGUUCGGGAGAAGUGGCCGCGGGAUGGAAUUCUACGUGUGGAGAUUCAGCGGAAUUCCAGCCGCGCUCCCAUUUUCCUGCAGUUCUAUGACAGCGAGGGGCUGCAGGGCCUGGUGCGGGAGCCGGAUGGAGAGGGCGUCGUUCCAGGACAAGAGGAGGAGGAGGAGGAGAUAACCAUGGAGAUGUUUGAUAACAGCUCCAUACAGUUUGAGCUGGACAUUGAGCCGCGGCUACAGCCGUCUAUGAAUGGCGGUGCAGUGGGCGUGGCUAUGAAUGACACACAGGAAGUGAGCUUCGGUACUCCGCCCACUAAAGGUAUGCAGCCUCUGCGGGAGACUGUGUCCGAGAUAGAGAUGCUAACUCGUGCAGUUUGGCCACAGGAGGAGUAUAUAGUGGAGUAUUCAACUGCUGUGUGUGUCUAUGCGGUUUGGCCACAGGAGGAGUAUAUAGUGGAGUAUUCAACUGCUGUGUGUGUCUAUGCAGUUUGGCCACAGGAGGAGUAUAUAGUGGAGUAUUCUCUGGAGUACGGCUUCCUGCGUCUCUCCCAGACCACAAGACAACGCCUCAAUAUCCCUGUUAUGGUGGUGACACUGGACCCGAUGAAGGAUCAGUGUUUUGGUGAUGGCUUCAGCCGUUUUCUGCUGGAUGAAUUCUUGGGUUAUGACGACAUUCUAAUGUCCAGCGUGAAAGCUUUAGCAGAGAAUGAGGAGAACAAAGGCUUUCUCAGGAAUGUGGUUUCAGGAGAGCACUAUCGGUUUGUGAGCAUGUGGAUGGCUCGCACCUCAUACCUUGCUGCGUUUGUCAUCAUGGUUAUAUUUACCCUGUCUGUGUCCAUGCUGCUGCGCUACUCUCACCAUCAGAUCUUCGUCUUCAUAGUGGAUCUGCUGCAGAUGUUGGAGAUGAAUAUGACUAUUGCCUUCCCAGCAGCCCCUCUGCUCACUGUCAUCUUAGCUCUGGUUGGCAUGGAGGCCAUCAUGUCUGAAUUUUUCAACGAUACCACCACAGCAUUCUACAUCAUCCUCAUCGUGUGGCUGGCUGACCAGUAUGAUGCCAUCUGCUGUCACACCAACACCAGCAAACGCCACUGGCUGAGGUUUUUCUACCUUUAUCACUUUGCCUUCUAUGCGUAUCAUUACCGCUUCAAUGGGCAGUACAGCAGCCUGGCCCUUGUCACCUCUUGGCUCUUCAUUCAGCACUCCAUGAUUUAUUUCUUCCAUCACUACGAGUUGCCGGCCAUCCUGCAGCAGAUCCGGAUCCAGGAGAUGCUCCUCCAGAACCAGCAGGCGGGGCAGGCCAAUCAAACGGCUCUACAGGACAAUCUCAAUAAUAACACCAGUGCAGCAGGCCCGGCUCACAGACCUGCCAACGCAGCCUCCGCCGCCACCGCAAACGGGCAGGUCCGAACGCCUGCCAACAGCCCAACAGAACCUAUAAGUGCCGGCCCUACUGGCGCCAACGGAGCCGCCGGCGAUCUGGACUGGAUGGCAGAAACGGCAGCCAUCAUCACAGAGGUGCUGUCCUCCCAGCCAGCAGGGGGAGCCGCGCCGGAGCCAGCCGGCUCAGAACCCAGCGCCACUGCUGUGACGGACGUCCAGGCGGACGCGGAUGGCGAGAGCGGGGCGGGCUGCGUCCCUGCUGAUCUGGUUGCCAUGGAGAUAAAGGCACGAGGCUGUGUCCAAGGGCUCUGCCCGCCCGGUGGAGGACCAGUGGAAACAAGCCCCUCCCCCUCAGCUAGCAUCUCUAAUCAUUAUACAGACUGUAGGGCCACGGAGGCAGAGCCAGCAGACACACGACAGAGUGACACCCAAUGGGAGGCCAAGACAGGGAAUGAGAACCAAAGUGGAUUGGCCACAACUGACUCAAACUCCACCUCAUGAGCUCCACCUUCUUCUGCUUUGCCAGAGUUAACCAUCACCGCUCCUCCCUACCUGUAAAAUACAGAGAUAUUUGUCUCUCUGCCCAUUCUACACACACACACACACACACACACAACACACAGAGGAAAGGCUGCCUGAUAACGGUGAACCUGAGGAGGAGGGAUGAGACUGACCUGAUUCAAUGUCUGACUGAAUUAUGUUAAAGACAGUGGAGCUCUUGGAAAAGCCUUUAAUUGUUGUUUUUCUUUUUUCUUUAAUGAUUGACCAUUGAUUUGUUGAAACACAGGUUCGUGUGGUCAACGUAGGUGAUAGAGUUGUCGAAUGGUAAUUUGUCUAAUGUGGACCAUGUCUUAAAGCUCACGGCUUGACGCAGUGCAUUACAGAGGAGAUAUCUCACUGCCUGUGUGUGUCCAGUUUGUUCUAGUCCAGUGAUUGGCUCAGUGCUCACAUAACUCCAGUUUCAUCUCUGUCCAAGUUUGAUGCUUUGAAUCUCCAGUCUGUCAUCACCUGCUCUCCAGUUUGUGUUUAAUGUUUUAAUAUCUGUUUUUGUCUGAACGUGGUGUAUGCCUUAAUUAAACCCACCUGCAUUGAGUUACUCUUAAUGAAACCCAGAGACAUGUGGCCUCAGAGGAAUAAAAAGACAGUUCGGGUUAGGGUUAACCUAACCUGACCUGACCCUAGCCCCAGUUUGGUCUUCAUGCAGUUGCUUGGUCUUUUCAGAGAUCAGUACCAGGCAGAAGUUCAACUGGUUUACAAAAGCCCUGAUGCCCUUUGCUCCAAUUUUCCAGAACUUUCCCACAUUCUCUGUCAUUCUUAUGCCCUGGUUUUCCCAGCAGACUGGGCAGGUGAGGCUGAGACCUGGCAGUGUACAGACAUGGUUUAUUUGAAAAGUUUAAAGUUUGGGUUAAGGUCCUAACUGUAUGGAUGGUUGAUUUGUUUUGGGGCUUUUUAAGAACUUCAGCGUUUGAGUACUUUUCAUCUCUAGUGUUAAUUCAGGACUUUCAACCCCUUCCAAGUUUUAUCUUUCAACAAACACCAUGUGGCUGAUGCCUAAGGUGACACAGUGGAGACAUGCUCUUGGUUCUAAGUGAGUAUGAGACAUUGAAGGAAUAGCUUUUACUGAAAUGAACUCAUCACUGGUCUGAGCUGGUGUGCGUGUGUGUACGUGCGUAUGGAGGUCAGUAUGAUUAAUUUGCCUUAAAGAUGUUCACUAGGGUUAAAAACUAGAGGGAAUUCACCCUAAGCCAACAGUGUGUGUGUGUGUGUGUGUGCUUAGCAGAUGGGGUUUUCAGAAGAGAAGGAGAGAGACAUUAAUGAGUUUAGAGAGAUGGGGUUUUGUGAGAGACUGUCCUCAGAGAUGGUUUCAGUGAUGUCUAUGCAACACACCUUGGGCGACUGCCAGUGGAUGUGGGAUAAACUUUUAUCCAAACUGUGCAAUGCAUGGUGUCAUUUCUCAGAGAGAGUUCAGUUUGAUGGUGAUUCAGAACAUGCCUGCUCAGUUUUGUCUCGUAGUCACAGUUUUCUCCUGUGACCAGAAAUGCAACUCUGCUCCACUUUGCUCAUUGUAGUUUUAAAAACUUCUGAAGUCAGUGAUAAACGGAAUUUCCUCAUUCAAAUGUGUUUAACUGUAAAUUAAAAACAAAGUACAAAGUACAUAAAACAAAAACUCUCCACC